AUGGCACGAAGGAGGAAAAAAUCAAGGGCAGCAGCCAACGCAAAGCUCAAAAAGGACGACCAGUCUCCUAUGCUGGUCGAUAAGUCUCUCCCUGCUCUCCCACCAAACGCGGUCUCGCAGAGUGCAUUCUCACCAGACCGAGAUACUCCUGGCUCUGUCGAUAAUGAUACACCAACAGAACUGUCUCCUAGACCGCGCACAACAUAUCAGCACGAUUCUUCAUCGAGAAGUAGCUCCAGGCGCACUCGUGACCCCUCAGCAGAACGCACUUCUAGUGACGGGCCAGCUAAAGAUGGCUUGAUUCUGCCGACUACUACUUACCGUAAUCACAGGCAUUCGGCUAUAUCACAAGCUUCGGAUGUCAAUGGCGGUGAUGGAGAAAGUCUCUUCAUACCCCUUGCCUUCGACCCAAGCCCAGCCCCCAAUCCUACCCCGCGAUCGACCUCUGAGGCAUGGGGAGAUCUAUCGAAGAAACCCAAAGACACCAAAGAGAACAAGGUGUCCGAAAAGGACUACUUCAAUCUUUCUAAGAGUAAUGGACGAUCUGGCUCUCAGAAGACCGCGGACUCGCCCCAUAUUGCAUUUCAGGAGAAGGGCCGAGAGCCUUCGUCCGAGGAGACAUUACGGAUUAAAGAGAGCAUACAUAGGGCCCAAGCAGGAGGUAAAGGCUCGGCAAGGGGAUCGCCAGUGAUCGGAAGUGACGAUGUGCGGGUACAGCACGCCACGUCUCCCCCAAGCUCCAGUCCGCAUAACAAAAGCCAAACAUCAAAUGAAAAGUUUAGGUUGGGUGAUGUACCCAAAGGAAAGAAGUCUGGGACCUCAAGGAGCAAUUCACAAUCGGACUAUGGCGAUACUUCCUCGAGAUCAACAUCUAGUGGGGGACCCUCCUCUGUACCAUCUCGGAAAGAGUCAGCGAUCGGCAUUCCCCAAACAGAUUCGCCUAAGUCACUUCUUGCUACCGAAAAGGCUGGAACACCUCGGUCUUCCCAAGAUUCUAGAAGAAGAGACGAUGCUGGACCUCGCUCAUCAAUUGAGUUAAACAAUUCUUCGAACGAGGUUCAAAGGGUCGACUCAGGGGAAACAGGGAGGUCAAUACCCCGUAAGGAGAUUUCGUCGGGAGCAGUGAAAACAACAAUGAGCUCUAUGGGUUCUUCUUCUGGCCCGGAGACAUCUCCUUCAACAACUGCUUCCUCGACUGAUACUCCUGGUCACACACCAACUAUAAACGGCAAAAGCAUAUCCGGGCCUGUUCUCCAAUCUUCAUCGGAUGAUGAUCUUGUUCCCCCAUCCCGCGCGCCAACUCGCCCGACUGGUCCUCAACAGAAACUUAGCGAUACUUAUAUGGCACCCAGAGCCCCCCCAGCACCACCACCACUUGGUUCACAUAACCCCAAGGAAUCGACACACCAAGUAAACGGCGCUUCAACUUCUCCCAACCUACCACGAUGGAGCGCUGGUGGGGACUUCACAAUGGAUGAGGAUAUGGCGCGCAUUUUAGGAGAAACCGACGAAAGCUCACAAUCCAUCCUCCGCCGUGUUUCCAACGCUGUGCGUCAUGGCAGGAAUAAUAGUGAAGCAAGCGUUAAUAUCCGGCACCAGGGUCACGGUCGUAGUGUUAGCGAAACCACUGCUCGCACAGUUGCGUCUCCACGCUGGCCAAAAACGCCAACAGUCGCUGAAAACUCAAAUCCUCCAAAGGAGAUCAGCAGUCCUAUCUCUAUCACUUCUCCUGUACUUGGCGAGGAUCCUGCAAUUUUACGCAGACAACUGCGUAACUCAGAGCAGCGAGUAGCUGAGCUCGAACGCCAGUUCGUUAGUGAGAAGGAUCUCAAGUCCCUGAAUAAGAAGUUGAUAGAGAAGAGAAAGACCGUAUCGGUGUUGGACUCGCAAACUGAGAUCAUGAUUAGGCAACUGGAAGUUCUUGCUGGAUAUGUGGAGAAAGCCAAAGAUUCCAAGCAACCGCUUGAAAUUGCAGAGCUCGAAGACUCAGCCAUCAAGGAGUUUGUUCAGAAGCUAGAGCGUUUAAAACAAACCAUGUCUAGCUCGGUCGAGUCGCUAUAUGAAGAUCGUAAUAAGCUUUUGGAGGAAAAGAGCCAGGUCAUGGCAGAGACGAAUCAAAUCAUGGCCGACCGCGACAGAGCUUUGGUUGAAUUUGAACAGCUUUCUUCUAAGAACGCUCAACUCGCCGACAUGAACAACGACCUGACACACCAGAUUCAGGAGCGCUUCAAGGCGCAAAGUGGAUCCACCACAGAGAGCCCCCGACCACCAAUGAAUGGCUUAGGAAUAUACACGCAUCACAACAAGGACAAGUCUAAUGUGUCUAUUCACAUGGACGAUGCCAGUCUCAGACCAUCUACGAGCACAACCGUGUUUGGUUCCACGAACAGCUAUCCGCAACCUAUGGAUCAGGAUCCCAGUAUGGAACCAGCAACAGUACUAUCUGCACCUCAUGUAAUCAAUAUUCGCAAGGGCCAAGCAAAGAAGUUCAACUGGAAGAAGGGUAGUCAGACUGUGGCAAAAGGUGUGUCUAAGGGCUUCAAGGGCGCCUUUAGCUCUGUGCAGCAACCGGAGAGAAACCAAUGGCAGGGCCAGACUGGCGACAGCAUUGGAAUGCCUUACAAUAUGACUGUUGUACCUGUUGAGGCCCCUGCUGGUGGAUCAUCUGGUAGCCUUCCACGUUCGGCUUCGAAUGAUCCUUCAAGGCAAGGCUUUGGGAUGUUCAAAAAGGGUACUAUGCCACGAUCCAUGUCUAACGGGAAUUUUGCACCCGCGGAAGACCCAUCCAAAUUGUUUGGGUCCGAGUUGGUGGAGAGGGCAAAUUAUGAACGUCGCCAGAUCCCAAGUGUUGUGACCCGUUGCAUCGAGGAGGUAGAGCUUCGUGGAAUGGACAUCGAAGGCAUAUACCGCAAGACUGGUGGAAGUGGCCUGGUGAAGAUCAUACAGGAAGGAUUUGACAAGACUACCGAUUACGACAUUUCGGACCCUGAUUUGGAUAUUACUGCGGUCACCAGUGUUCUCAAACAAUAUUUCCGCAAGCUACCCACUCCACUUUUGACUUUUGACGUUUAUGACCGCGUCUUGGAAUCGAUCUCUAUCGAUGAUGACAAAGAGCGUUGUACACAUCUCAGAAAAACCUUCAAUAUGCUUCCUCCCAAGCAUCGUGAUUGUCUUGAAUUCUUAAUUUUCCAUCUUGCUCGCGUGGCUGUGAGAGAAAGCGAGAAUUUAAUGACACCUAAGAAUCUAGCGGUCGUCUUUGCCCCCACUAUCAUGCGAGAUCACAGCUUGGAACGUGAAAUGACCGACAUGCACUCCAAAAACGGUGCUGUACAAUUCGUUAUCGAAAACAGUCACGAAAUCUUUGGCAAUGCAUAA